CGAGGGAGGAGGGAGACUUGGAGGACCUCCCUGAGGGGGCGGUGUUGUUGGCUCCUCCCUCCCGCGUCCCUCCCUCCAGCCGCUGGCGCGUUGGUACGGCCCGCCCCUCCCGUCAGAGCGCUCGGCAGGCCCGGCGGACGGACAAUGGCGCUGCUCCCCUCGCGGAGCCCGCUGGGGCUGCUGCCGCCCCCGGCCGGCAGGGGGCGCUCCAAGGCACGAGGGGGCGCCCGGCCCGCCGCCAGCUGCAGCCGACUUCGACAAAUUCAAAACAUUCUGACGGAGAGCAACAAAUCCCAGCCAGAUGGCAUCCUCUGCAUUUUGGGAAUUGAUAGUCGGUACAAUGAAGGAUGCUGGGAACUCGCCAACCACCUUCUCUUCGGCUUGUACAGCCAGGGCAACAAUGAGUUUGAAAGAUCAGGAUUUCCGGAAGAAGUCCUGGACGACGUGAUCCUGCUGAUUAAACCGGACAGCGUCCAUCUGUACUGCAACCCUGUCAACUACAAUUACCUUCUCCCCUACGUGGCGUUUUGGAGGAACUUGCACUUCCACUGCCUGACGGAAACCGAGUAUGAAGAUGAAGAGGCCGCGGAAGAAUUUAAAAUUUCCAGCUUCGUGGACAUGGUCCGAGAUUGCAGCCGGAUCGGCAUUCCUUUCAGCUCCCAAGGUCACCUGCAGAUCUUUGACAUGUUUGUGGUGGAAAAGUGGCCCAUUGUGCAGGCUUUUGCGCUGGAAGGCAUCGGCGGUGAUGGCUUCUUCACCAUGAAAUAUGAGCUGAUGGACGUCAGUCUGGAUCUCUGGAAAGCCUACAGCAAAGUGGAUCCUGUUUCUUUGGAAAGUUUACUUGAUGAGGACUUGAUGACUUUUGAACAUCAGUGGACCAACUUCUUUGCCAAUUUUGACACGGAAAUUCCUUUCAUUCUGGAACUCUCAGAAUCUCAGACUGGAGAGCCAUUCCGAAGUUACUUCAGCCACGGGCUGAUUUCGAGCCACAUAACAGAUAACAGUCCCAGCAGGCAACCGUUUGCGCUCUUUGGCACCCACUCAUCCAGAGAAAACCUGAAUUCGGGCAAUUUCAGUUUCCCUUCGGAAGGACACCUGCUCCGCAACACGGGCCUGGCUGGCAGCAUCGCCAAACACAUGGCCGUGCAGUGUGUCUCCCCCAAGGGCCCCCUGGCAUGCUCCAGGACCUAUUUCUUCGGCGCCACCCACACUCCUUACCUCGGGAAUGGCGAUGGAUUGGAAAAGAAAACAGAAGAUGUCAAACUCUUAUCUCAGAUCUAUUUCGCGGUGGUGGAGGCUGUCCUGGCCGGCAUAGAGACCUUUUCAAAAACGUCCAAUGUUACCAGGGCGAAAGAAGGAGCCGAGAAAGUGUUUUUCAAGAUGCUCGAGGCCUUUGGACUUUCCUGCUUUAAAACUCCACUACGCACCAAGAUAGAUUUCUGGAUUCAGGCUGUGAACAAGCAAGGGAGAAUUAUUCCCGUGGAUAACAAAGACAGCCUGUACCUGGUUAAAACCGUGUCCAUGGCUGCGUACGACAUCCCUGACCUGCUGACCGGGAGAGGCUGCCUGGGCUCGGUGGUCUUCUCCGAAUCCUUCCUGACGUCGCAGAUUCUCGUGAAGGAAAAAGAUGGCAGCCUCAGCACAGAAUCCAGCUACAUCAUCCUCACCGGGGUGAUCCCAAGAUCGGCGUCUUGGCUGGUUGAAGAGAAUGAAGUGAAGCUCUCCGAACGGGCGCAGCAAAUCCUGAAGAAAGAAGACUCUUUCUUGGGGACCCCCCUGACUGGAGGCGAUGGAGCAUAUAUUGCUGCUAAUAAUUCUCUCUGUAGACCGGAGGAAGGAAAGCUUCAUUUCUUUUCCGAGGGCCUUUUGUUUUACCACCCCCACCACGGGAGCAUUACGAUCUCCAAAGCACACAUGGCGUCCAUUCAGUUCUACGACGGGGAUUCCACCAGUGUGGUUGCCGCGCUUUUUAUAGAAUACAAGCCUUCCCUGCUUCCUCAUUUGCCAGUCCAACUGCACACCCCAAACAACGUCCUGAUGAUUGCGCUCUUCCCCAACUCGACCCUGUAUAAAGCUUUCUACUCCCAGGUCUUUUCUGCCUGGCAACAGCAGGGAAAUUCCGGAGUAACGUUAAAAAUGAUCCAGGACGAUGGCCUCUCUGCAGAACAGGAGAGAUUACAUUCCAACAUACAGAAGCUCUUUGAAGUCUUGUCUUACCCCGCUGGAGAACGAUGGAGCCAACUACGACUGCUUACCAGCCUCCCGGAUCUGGCCAGUUUUCUACAGCACUUUACUAUCGGUAGCGUCAGCCCAGAACCGGUCAUGAGACCGCAUCUGCCGGUGCUCCUGCAGCAGACGGAGGCCAUUCCUGAUAACGAGGCACAGAAUGAUAAGGUGGUGAUUACCAUCUUGACAGGUCUUCCUGGAUGCCAGUCGAGUGAGCUGUGCUCGUUCUUGGUCAAUUUUAACAAAGAAUAUGGAAGGUGGCUUGUUUAUCGCCAAACCAUGGACAGUCCCGAAUGCUUCAGCGCUGCCCACUUCCAGAAAUACCUGUCAGGUGUCCUUGAGUCCCAGCGCAGCCGAAGCACCCGGCCCUCUGCUUACCACCGGAAGAAAAUGCGGCUGCUGGUGGUCCUUCAAGGAUACACCGACGUGAUUGAUGUCGUCCAGGCCCUUCAGACUCACCCGGACGCAGACGUGAAGGCCUCUUUUGUCAUUGGUGCCAUCACAACGUGUGUCGAACCCCUCAGCUCUUACAUGGAACACAGGUUUCUUUUCCCCAAGUUUCUGGACCAGUGUUCUCAAGGGUUAGUGAGUAACGUGGUGUUCACAAGCCACACCGCCGAGCAGAGAAGCCCGCUCCUGGUCCAGCUGCAGAAACUCAUCCGAGCUGCCAACUCUUCCGUCUCUUUUAUCCUGGCGGAAAACGGCAUCGUAACUCGGAACGAGGACAUUGAGCUAAUCCUUUCGGAAAACAGCUUCUCCGAUCCCCAGAUGCUGGCGACUCGCUAUUUAAUGUAUCCUGGCUGGUUUGAUGGGAAAUUUAGAGCCGGUUCUGCCUUCCCUCCCAUGGUCCAGAUUUGUGUGUGGUUUAACCGCCCUUUGGAGAAAAUGCGCUUUGCAGCCAAAUGUAAAGCUUUGAAGUCAUCUAACAAAUCGAGUCCGUUCUCUGGAAACAUAUACCACAUUUUUGGCAAAGUCAAGUUUUCAGAUUCUGACCGGAUGGUUGAAGUUUGUCACAACGCAUCUUCUAAUACCUUAAGCCUGGUACCUGUCCUGGGGGGGGCCCUCCCCUCCCCUCCUGACUCCAAAACCGAGAACCGGGACCACCCUGGAUCGCAGGAAUGUUUCCUGGUGUUCGUGGGAUGCUCCCUCAAAGAAGAUGACAUCAAGGAUUGGCUGAGGCAGACGGCCAAACAGAAACCACAGAGAAAAGCUUUGAAGACCCGGGGCAUGCUGACAUCCCAGGAGAUCAAGAGCAUCCACGUAAAACGCCACUUGGAUCCGCUCCCAACUGGCUACUUCUACAACGGGACCCAGUUUGUGAAUUUCUUUGGAGACAAGAUGGAUUAUCACCCGCUGAUGGACCAGUUCAUGAACGAUUACGUGGAAGAGGCGAACCGCGAGAUCGAGAAAUACAACCGGGAGCUGGACGAGCAGGAAUACCAUGAUCUGUUCGAGCAGAAGACCUAAGCCAGGAUCCCCGUGCGGUACAGACAACCCCCCCCCCCAGAGACCUUCUUUACCUUCUAAACAUUAUUUGUCACCAAGAAAACACCUUUUCACCUUUGCUAGAUUUACAGCUUUUGUUUUUGUUUUUUCAAUAUUUAAGUUGCAUUCACAUUAGGCUGGCACCUGAAAAUGUGAUACGGUCCAGGAAUAUUUGUGGGGGGGGGGCGUAUUUCCAAAUCUGUGCCAAGGUGGGCUUAUUGGCGGAAAAUCAACGUAGGGAUUUAUUUUUUGUUCUUUUCAAACGUUUCCAGAGCUGUAUUUCCUGUGUCGUCGAGAUGGUCCUGAACGUUGCUUUUCUGACGUUCCCCAAAAAUGCCUUUGUGAGCGACGUAAUCAGGGUCUGUGAUUGUCUGCGUGUUCCUGAGGGAAACCCAUCUGACGAGGCUAUGGGGUGAUUUGGGCUGAUAACCCGAACGCGAGAAGCGGGAGGGAUGUAAAUGAUCUUAAGAGCUGCCUCAAGCCAACAUUUCAUGGUUUGAAGAUGUUCCUAAAGCGAGAAACGGGGGAACAUGCCUACUUUUAAUGAUUGCUACUAACCAACAUGGUGGUGUGGUGGUGUUCCCAAAGUGAGAAAUGGGGGACACAAGUGACCUUGACAGUACCUCAAACCAACAUCUCGUGGUUUGAAGAUGUUCCUAAAAUGAAAAAUGAGGGAACACAGAUAAUUUUGACAGUGCCCCAAACCAACAUAUCAUGGUUUGAAGAUGUUCCUAAAGCGAGAAAUGGGGGAACAUAGCUGUCUUUAAAGACUGCUACUAACCAAUAUGGCGGUUUGGUGGUUUUCCCAAAGUGAAAACUGAGGGGAUACAAAGUGAUGGUGCCUCAAACCAAUAUCUCAUGGUUUGAAGAUGUUCCCAAAGCGAGAAAUGGGGGAACAUGCUUGUCUUUAAGGACCGCUACUAACCAACGUGAUAGUCCGGUGGUGUUCCUGAAGCGAGAAAUGAGAGAAUACAAAUGAUCUUUAGAUCUGUUCCAGACCAACAUUUGAGGGUUUAAAGAUGUUCCUAAAGCAAGGACUGAGGGAACACAUCUGUCCUUCAGAGCUGCUACUAACCAACAUGGUGGUUUUGGUGGUGUUCCCAAAGCGAGAAAUGGGGGAACACAAAUGAUCUUAAGAGCUACCCAAACCAACAUGUAAUCAUGGUUUAAAGAUGUUCCUAAAGCAAGAACUGAGGGAACACAUCCGUCCUUCUGAGCAGCUACUAACCAACAUGGUGGUUUGGUGGUGUUCCCAAAGUGAGAAAUGGGGGAACACAAAUGAUCUUAAGAGCUACCCCAAAACAACAUGUAAUCGUGGUUUAAAGAUGUUCCUAAAACAAGAACUGAGAGAACACAUCUGUCCUUAAGAGCUGCUACUAACCAACAUGGUGGUUUUGGUGGUGUUCCCAAAGCGAGAAAUGGGGGAACACAAAUAAUCUUAAGAGCUACCCCAAACCAACAUGUAAUCGUGGUUUAAAGAUGUUCCUAAAGCAAGAACUGAGGGAACACAUCCGUCCUUCCGAGCAGCUACUAACCAACAUGGUGGUUUGGUGGUGUUCCCAAAGCGAGAAAUGGGGGAACACAAAUGAUCUUAAGAGCUACUCCAAACCAACAUGUAAUCAUGGUUUAAAGAUGUUCCUAAAGCAAGAACUGAGGGAAUAUAUCCGUCCUUCAGAGCAGCUACUAACCAACAUGGUGGUUUGGUGGUGUUCUCAAAGCGAGAAAUGGGGGAACACAAAUGAUCUUAAGAGCUACCCCAAACCAACAUGUAAUCAUGGUUUAAAGACAUUCCUAAAGCAGGGACAUAUUUGUCCUUAGGGACUGCUACUAACCAACCUGGGGGUGUUCCCAAAGUGAGAAAUGAGGGAACCCAAAUGAUGUUGACAGUGCCUCAAACCAACAUAUGAUGGUUUGAAGAUGUUCCUAAAGCGAGAAAUGGGGGAACAUAACCAGAUAAGUUACUGUCCAACAGAGUGGCUUGGCUGGUGUCCCUAAGCCAUGAAACGAGCAAAUACAUUGGUUCCUACGAACCACUGCUAACCAACAUGGCGGCUUGCUUAGUAUUCCUGCAGCGAGAAAUAGGGGGAGCCCAAUUGAUUUUGAGCCCAAACCAACAUUUGAGGUUUUGGAGACAUUCCUCAAGCGAGAAAUGAGGGAACAUAGCUGUCCUUAAAGGCUGCUACUAAUUAACCUGGCAGCUUUGCGUGAGAUUCCUAAAGCGAGAAACGGAGGAACACAAAUGAUGUUAGACAGCUGCCCCCAAACCAGCAAGUAACAGUGUGGAGACAAGUACAAAAUAGAGUAUAUUUGUAAAUUUGAGCAGCGGAGAAGACUUGCGUUCAUAAAGAAUGCUGGAAAUUAACACAUUCUGGUUUCUAAACUAGAAAACUGGGGGAACGUAAAUUCUUGAGAGCGCCCCCAAAAUAGCCUAUGAUGGUCUUUGAACUAUUUUGCCCCCCCCCUUAAAGUAUUCCGUGGAGCUGCUCCUAAGCAACCGAAUGAGAUUGGCAAGCAAGGGUCCUAAUUCUGAUAAGAAAUUCCAGCUACUUCUUAAAAUGCUGGACGUGUUGAAACAAAAACAGAUCUGUCCAUUUUGGGCUGAAAAAAAUAAUAAUGGAUCCCUAAAAUGUUUUGAGAAGAAAAACCUUUGAUGCCGUUUGACGCUUACUUCUUAGGUUGAUUAAUUCAUUCGUUUUUUUUUUUUCCUGGAAAAAGAAUCCAGGUUGAUCUGCAACAGCCAAGCUUUGGAAGACUUUAUGCUGGCUUCUUAACACCUUAACACCUUUUUUUUUUCCAAACUCCGUAGCAUGUCUGCAAGGAAUAAAGUGAUUUCCUUAGAGUGGAAAGCUUAGCGGUUCCUAAUUCAAUCCCUCUUGUAGACGAAUAGAGUGUCCUUAUCAGAAUUGUGAAUUUAUCUAUGCAUGGCUGUAACCUAGUUAAUCUUCAGAUAUAACUGAUAGUGCCUGGUAGGAGUAACAUAGCUAGGAAUUGUUUAGGAUGGAGCAGGGUGAAUGGAAAGUCCAUGUGGCUGUAACAGGUGAAAAAUUGGGAGGUGUUUUGGGAGAUGGGCAGAAUUGUCCUGCGGUUGCAAUGUGAUCCUCGCCGUUUUUACUGGGAAUCUUAGUGCCGCUCUUAGCGCAAAAUGCAUUGCAAUCCCAGAAUUCUUCCCACUUGAGAUUUGUCUCCCAAACUGGGACAUCCAGAAAGGGUGAAAGAUCCAAAUAGGGCAAUCCUCAAAACACCUCCGGCUUCUCCAGUGCUUCCUAUGGAAAACCGAUGGAGAAUUUUUUUUCACCCGCCCGGCCACAUUUUAGGGAAGGCUCCUCUCGCUUAGCAUAGUUUAUUGAAUGAUCCGCAAAGCCAUAUAUCUCGAAAUAACUUUGUUGCUACCCAGCAUCUGAAAGCAAAGACAAAGGCAGCGUAACCUGAUUUGUCUUCGCUUCUGCGUUGAUUAAGAGAAGUAGGUUUUAAGUGCAAUUGUUAAUGAAUGAAGUAGGUUUGCAGAAUUGAAGCUCUGCUGAACUCGGAAACACACAGGAGGUCCUGCUUAGGAGAAAAAAAAUCUCCAAGGCUGUGUUUAUCAAGCUUGGGGACUUUAAGAUGGCUGGGGGAUUCUGGGAGUUUAAGUCCACCCAUCUUAAAAUCCCCAAGCUUGAGAAACACUGCUCCAUGGACCGCAUUAAGCACAGUCCUUUAUCCACACAAACCCUGUGGGUGUGAAGCCAACACAACAGUGUCACCGUGUGCCUAACUGCUCCGAAUUUCAUGCCCAUUAGUAGACGGCUCAUGAUGCUUCUUAGGACAGCUAUCAUCCUAUAGCACACAGUUCCCCUUGCACAGGAAACUUUUCCUGCUUAUUGGACUUCACCCAGUAUCCAUCAUUCAGCGACAGGCAGAAAAUAGCCCGAAUCCCCUCUGAUUCUUGAAGCUCAAUCAGAUGCUCCAUUUCUGCAUUGACAAACAACGAGGGUUUUUUUUAGGGUGCUUCGUCCAUGUGCCUCUCUGGGAGCCCCACUGGCGAUCUUUCCGAGGGCCACUUGCUGUUGUGUGUGUGUGCGUUGCGUUAAAAGUCAUGCUUGCGCCGCCGAGUCAGCCGUUUAGCAGAAGCUCAAAGCGAAGAGACAUUAGAGAAGGAUGUAUUCUGUACUGCAUGCAAAAUAGAAGAAAUUCUUUUUUAAAUAAAUAAAUCACCGUAUUUUAGAUUCAAAGCCUUUCACCAUCUCGGUACGAUGUGAAUAAUUCUCUCUUUUUGAGUAGGGACCUUUGGUUGGUUGGUUGGUUUCAUUACCUCAACUCGGUUGAUCUUGAACUGUGAUUUAUGAUGAUGAAACGGGAUGGGUGGGGUGGGGAGGAAUUAAAUAGCCAAAAUCAUUUCUGAAACUGUGAUGACGAGGAUCCUGUCCCGAGACAUAACCAGUGCCUUGUUUUGCGGCGUUAUGGAUAACCGCCGCCCGAUCUGGACACCUGGGUGACGUCCCGGUCCUUAAUUCUCGUACCCUCUUUUGAAGGGGAAAAAGAAAAAAAAAACCAUUUGGUGAAAGGACUCUGAACUUAGCGAAGCAUAUUUAGCACACGUCUUUAGUUAGGUUCCAUUGGGUGUUCUUUUAAAAGAACGAGAAUCUCAAACUCUUUGAGGACUGAAAUAAAUAAAUAAAAAUGGAAUAAUACUUGAUCCUGUCGGGAAUUUGAAGGCAAUUGGGCUUUUUUCCCCAUCAGGAAUUGCUUCAACAGACCGACAGUGUUUUUAUUAAGGGGCGGGGGAGGGGGAACUAAUUGUCUUUAUUUUAUUAUAUAUAGAAAUAUAUAUUUUAAGGGGAAGGGGAACGGCAGGGCUGUCAGGCGUUUAAUCGGGGAGGGAUGGCCAAGAAAAUUAGCCUGCUGUUUUACAAAAACACACCACAGAGACACACACAAACACUGAAAAGCAGCCCUCCGCGGCUGCAAACACUCCCCAUCCAAAGUGCUAUUACGUGAUUCCUCGGGCUAUCGCAGCUGUCCGGCUCAAACAGCGCCGAACCCGGGAAGGUUUGGCUCCCUCCCAUUUGGCGGGAGGGCCAAAGUUGAGUCCUCAAGGAGUUUCCGUGCUUGCUGACUUCCCAUGUAGCCGUUUGUGUGAUUUUUAUUUUAUUUUUUUCCUAUCAAUAUGAGGAUGAGUGUGGUCAGAAAUCGCUGAAGUUAUACGGGGAGGGUGGGCGGGGAGGGUGGGCAGAUUGCAAAACUUGAGAGAUUGACACGCUUACGGUCCCGUCCCCCCCAAUUUUGCUGCUGGGAUAAAAACCAGGGAGAACAGCCGGAAACGGCUGACUCUGGAUCGGACACCUCUGCCGUUUCGUUCCAGCGGACGGGGCAAAUGCGAAAAAAGGUUUUCGCCAGACGAAACGGCACCGAUGCUGGCGGGCAGCUUCUCCUUUUGGGUGACCAAGAAGCCUUGCCAAAUCCAGCCAGCGCCACCUCCCAGACCCCCCCUUCUCCUCUUUUCGACCCAAGCCCCUCUCCCCCCCACCUCUAUUUUUCAGCAGCAUCAACUGGGGGCCUUAAGCGUCUGAAAUUUUUAUUUUUCCUGAAUUUUGCACAGCUGAUAAGCUCUACGAAUCCCCUCUGGGUUGUUCGGGGAUUAGGGGAAGGAUAAGACAUAAAACUGUGAGUUGUUUGGAACCGCGUCGCUUAAAUCUACUUUUAGACGAUGAAAAACGUACCUCAGAAAACUAGUACGAAACCGGUCUUUGUGCCCUGUUGUAACCAACUUCGCUAACUCUGGUUUGUUUGUUUGUUUGUUUUUAACCCGGUGCCAAAAUGGAUGGUUUCCUACUAGUUUUCAUCGCGUUUGCAAGACUCCGUCACAUGUGUUAUUUUUUACAAACUCUACUGUAACUUCAGUUAAACUGAAACGCGUGAUUGAAGCUUCGGGCUGAUUUGUAUUUAUUUACCACCACUUGAUUCCGUAAAUAUAUAUAAAAAGUAACUUCGGCCUUUAUUUUUGUAUUAUUUUACACGUUUAUACUGGCUGUUUGUGAUUUAUUAUUUUGUACAACCUGUAACCUGGAUGCGAUUCUAAAACCCAAUAAAUUAUAUUCAUCCAGUCAGA